AUGGCCGAUUAUCUCCUCUUCGAGAGCCCUGUGGGCUACUCGCUUUUCAAGGUCGCUAUCCAGGGUGACGCUGUUGGCAACCGCCUGAAGGAAGUCCAGGAAGGUGUAAAUGACUUGUCCAAGUUCGGCAAGAUGGUUGAUCUUGCUAGUUUCCUGCCCUUUGAAAACAACAAGAUGGCUCUUGGCGAGAUUAACGACGUUUCCGAGGGUGUCGCAUCAGAGAACCUUGUUUCGUUCCUCGAAUUGAACCUUCCCAAGCCGAGCAAGAAGAAGAAGGUUGUUCUGGGUCUUUGCGACAAGGGCCUUGCAGGAAGCAUCAAGUCUGCCUUCCCCUUUGUGGAUUGUGAGACCGGUGACACUAGUGAGGUUGUUCAGGAUCUUCUCCGUGGUAUUCGUCUGCACUUUGGCAAGCUGGUAAAGCAGCUCCGCGAGGGCGAUAUGGAUACUGCUCAGCUUGGUCUCGGUCACGCCUACUCUCGUGCCAAGGUUAAGUUCUCUGUCCAGCGUGAUGACAACCACAUCAUCCAGGCUAUUGCCAUCCUUGAUCAACUGGACAAGGCUAUCAACACUUUCUCCAUGCGUGUGCGCGAAUGGUACUCGUGGCACUUCCCCGAGCUUUACAAGAUCGUUUCCGACAACCAGCGCUAUGCUCAGCUUGCUCUCUAUGUGAAGGACAAGAGAAGCCUCAGCGAUGACAGCCUGCAUGAUAUUGCUGAGCUGGUGGAGGACGACAAGGGUAUUGCCCAGAGCAUCAUUGAUGCUGCCAAGCACAGCAUGGGCCAGGAGAUUUCCGAGUCCGAUAUGGAGAACGUCAUUGCCUUUGCCGAGCGCGUUGUCAGCCUCUCUCAAUACCGCAAGUCGCUCUACCAGUACCUGGUUUCCAAGAUGAGCGUCGUCGCUCCUAACCUUGCGGCUCUAAUUGGCGAGGUUGUUGGUGCUCGUCUGAUCUCUCACGCCGGUAGCUUGACCAACCUGUCCAAGUACCCGGCCUCCACUGUUCAGAUUCUCGGUGCCGAGAAGGCCUUGUUCCGUGCCUUGAAGACGAAGGGCAACACUCCCAAGUACGGCCUGCUGUAUCACUCCUCCUUCAUUGGCCGUGCCGGUCCCAAGAACAAGGGUCGCAUCUCUCGGUUCCUCGCGAACAAGUGUUCCAUCGCUUCUCGUAUUGAUAACUUCUCUGAGACUCCCACGACUAAGUUUGGUGAGGCUCUGAAGAACCAGGUCGAGGAACGCCUGGAGUUUUACGCCUCAGGCGCCGCUCCCACUAAGAAUGAGGUCGCUAUGAAAUCUGCCAUGGAUGCCGUCCUUGCUGGCAUUGACGUCGAUGUUGAUGACAGCGAUGAGGACAUGGAGGAUGUCGAUGUCAAGAAGGAGAAGAAAGAGAAGAAGGGAAAGAAGGACAAGAAGGAAAAGAAGGACAAGAAGGAAAAGGAGGAGAAGGAGGAGGACAAGAAGGAGAAGAAGAAGAAGCGCAAGUCCGAUGUCGCUGAGCCGGAGAAGAAGAAGCGCAAGCACGACGCUGAUGGUGAGCCGGAGAAAAAGAAGAAGAAGUCGAAGGCAUAA